UCAAAAAUGUUUCAGAAAGGGCUUUAGCUCACAUGAGAUUCAUGGUUCUACCGCCUCCCAUUGCGCAUGGCAUUUAUUAUCUUAUAAAACAUAAUCACUAUUGCCUUUCCGAACAACGCAUUAUUUGGGAGGUUGUAUUAUUUCAUUUUUAUUAUUAGAUUACUUAACGGGUUCAGCAAAAUAAGUGAUAAUAUAUUGGUUGAGGCUGUCGAAAACGAUGAUUUAUUAUAAACUGAGAAUUUACCCAACUCAAAGGAGACGUCUAAAUAACGCGCUAAAUAAAAUUGCGUUAGACGUUUAAAUAACGUCCAGUGCAAUGCUUCAGUAACAGUUCAACGAAAGGUUUCUGCAAUGUUUCAGCAAAACGUUUCAGUGACACGUUUCUGAGUGGGGACAUUUGCAGUUACAUAAAGAUUUCUGAAACAUAUAGGUAGUGCAGGUAACUGAAACGUUUCGGGAUUUUAAUAUACGUUUCUGAAGCGAAAAAUUGUUUAGCGGGUUAUUACGCCGCCUGUGCGAUUGUGGAAUUUCAAAGCCACAUUUUAUCUUAUUUUAAAUAUAUUAGCCGCAAUGUACGAAAUCCGACAAUGUCUAGGCUUUAUUCACUGACCAACUCGCCAAGCACUUUGUAGAAUGCCUAGACAUUAGCGUACUUAGCGUAUUAAAAUAUCAUGGACUAACUGAACAGUCCAGUCACGAACAUGGUUCUCCGUUCGGGUGGGUUCUGUUAUGCUCGAAUUUCGAAUCCUAUAUCAUAACAAUAAUGCAGUAUUGGCACAAAUUGGAGCAUUAGCCAUGUUGCCUACCUACACAUGUUACAAAAUAAUAUUUUUUUUCGCACGAAAUAAUCGCAAAUAAAAACUAUGUUAUAUUAAAGAUUUCUGACACCUGUUCAAUCAGGAAGGAAAAAAAUGAACCCGCUGCACCGCUUAAAAGCACAUUGACUAACGCUUACGGCAUUUUGCAGAUUGCCCAAAGUAGAUGCGAUUCAGUGAAAUGCCUGGCGAGUUGGUCAGUUUGCAGAACGCAUAGGCAUUUUGCACAUUGCCGGUAACAUAUAUAUACGAGUGACUUACUGCGCCGGUGCGUUGGGUUGGCGCACCAUCUCUACUGCAAAAAACUUUUCACAUUUUGUUAAACGCUGCGCGAGCGCAGGUACUCUAUUCUUGACCGGAGUUCCGUCUGAUUGUCUCCGUCGUUAUUUAUCAGACAUCCGCGGUACUUGAACUAUUUAACCUGCUCCAGACUCACAUCUCUGACUGUCACAGUAGCCGUUUUAUUAUGCUGUUUGCCUAUUACCAGAAUCUUGGUUUCCUUGAUAUUAAGAUCUAGUCCUGCUCCGGCGUGACCCGAUCGAGUACAAACUGUAAAUCUUCCUCAUUGGAGGCCAGAAGUACCGUGUCAUCCGCAAACGCAAAUUGUUUAUGACUUCGCCAUUUACUAUAAUGCCCUCCAAUCCUUCAGAGAUUGCCUUCCUGAAUAUUCUUUUUGAGUAAAUAAAUAGUAAUGGCGAUAAAAUACAUUCUUGCCUAACACCUCACUUGAUGUUCAUUGAUUCUGAGUUUGUUUUAUCUAUUCUUACUACUGCGGUUUAAUGCCAGUAUAAAUCCGCGAUUAUGCGAACAUCUUUCCCCUCCAAUCCAAUAUCUUUUUAGACUUCUAUAAUACAAUACAUAGUCAGUACAGUAUACAAGGAUACAAACAGAAAUUUAUUCGUUUAGUUUGUUGCAAAAAAUAGGACUGUUUUUUAAAUUUGGUUAAAAACUAUUAAUAAAUGCGUAGAAAGUAGAAAUUGACUUCUACCGAAAAUGCGCUUUUAUAUGAAUGUUCGUAUUGAAAACAGCCAAUAAUUAUUCACCAUUAAAAGAUACAUUUUGUGUGAAAGUGACACAUACGACGUACGAAAAAGAAAUUUUUAGUAGACUAUUGAAAAUGUCUGGUCCUACCUUCACGAUUGGCCCACAUAUUACUCAACAACGCAGAUUUGAAUGGAGAGCGUUUGUAUGUUUUGGACAUUAAGAGUGACAACUCAUGAAGAAGUUUUUGCACCAAUACAUACAGAAUUUUUUUUAUGUAAUGUUCUAGGAAAUUUUUUAGCUCAAAUGAGCCCAAUAAAAAUGCGUUCAAUAUAGGUCCUUAUCGAAAUUUACAGAAAAUAAAUCUCAUUUUCUUUUCAAACGUGAUAGUCGUAGCUCGAUAUUUGGAACACUUAAGAAGCCAGAAGCCAAUUAUAACGUCUGGUUUCCCAGAGUUUUAUUUCGCAUUGUGCAGUUCACGUGCAAUAUAGCCGGUUGAUCAAAACGCCGUCGAAACGAAACCUUGAUUCGUCUACUACCUAUAACCUUCUGCCAUGAUUACAUCUUAAAUCAUAAAAAUAUUAGUAUUAGCAAAGCGUGACGAGGCCACAGAAUAAUCUAAAUUGCUUAUAACGCAUCAAAAUGGCCAUCCUAAAAUCCUUUUUGGAAUUAAACCGCCCUUUCAAAGUUAUUUGCAAAAGGUGUUUGAAUAGUUCCGCGCAAUUUACGGACGUUCUAACUAGUGAGACAUGCGAAGUUGGUGAGAGUGCUCAAAUCAAGAAAAUCAAACCUUACGAGGAUAUUCCUGGACCUAAACCCUUGCCACUAUUAGGCAAUAAUUGGCGGUUUAUCCCUUACAUCGGCGAUUUCCAAAUAGAACACAUUGAUAAGGUGUCCAAGAAACUGUACACGAAAUAUGGAAAACUUGUCAAAGUCGGUGGAUUGUUUGGGAGACCAGACAUGCUGUUUUUGUUUGAUCCUGAUGAGAUCGAGAAAGUUUUCAGAAAGGAAGAUGCUCUGCCCUUAAGGCCGUCAAUGCCGAGCUUAAACUAUUACAAACACAAUUUGAGGAAAGAGUUUUUUGGAGAUUUGGGGGGAGUGAUAUCAGUGCACGGACAAAAUUGGCAGAAGUUCCGAUCAAAAGUCAAUCAGAUCAUGCUCCAACCCAGAUCUGCUAAAAUGUAUGCUCAAGUCAUCUUAGAAACAGCCGAGAAAUUUGUAGAAAGAAUUGGUGGUCUGAGGAAUGAUGCUUCCGAAAUGCCUGACAAUUUUCUGAACGAAAUUCAUCGUUGGUCAUUGGAAUCGUUGGCCAGAAUUGCAUUGGACAUCAAAAUGGGAUGUUUAGAAGAGCACCCUCCAGCUGAUACUCAACGGUUGAUCGAUGCUAUAAAUACAUUCUUUAUUAAUGUGCCGAUUUUAGAACUGAAAAUUCCUUUCUGGAGGGUAUUUCCUACUUCAACAUUUAAUCGUUACAUAGAGGCUUUGGAUUCAAUACGAGAAAUAUGUCUCAAAUACAUCAAUAAAUCUAUGGAUAAUCUCAAUCUGGAAGCGAACGAUGAUCAGUUGUCCGUAAUGCAAAAGGUCCUUAAAAGGGAAAAUAAUGUCAAACUGGCUAGUAUUCUUGCGUUGGAUCUAUUUCUGGUAGGAGUGGACACUACUUCUAAUGCUGUAGCAUCUAUUCUGUAUCAACUAUCGAUUAAUCCGAAAAAACAACAGCUUUUGCAUGAAGAAUUGGAUAGGAUUUUGCCAAAUGCCGAUAGUAAACUGACCAUUGAUAAACUAGACGAGAUGAGCUAUUUGAAAGCUUGCAUCAAAGAAACCAUGAGAAUGUUUCCUGUUGUAAUAGGCAAUGGCCGGCAAACUUCAUCUGAUUGUGUUAUUGGUGGAUAUAACGUUCCGAAAGGUGUCCAAAUUGUAUUUCAACAUUUCGUGAUCAGUAACCAAGAAGAAUUUUUUUCCGAAAGCGAUAAAUUUCUACCGGAAAGAUGGUUGAAAGAGUGUCAAAUGACUAAAACCCAUCAUCCAUUCGCAUGUCUGCCUUUUGGGUUCGGCAAACGAAUGUGUUUAGGAAAACGGUUUGCUGAGUUAGAAAUACAGACCCUUCUGGCAACGGUACCACAGAGUCAUGGAAAAAGGCGGACAAGACAAAGAGUUGAUUGGAAUGCCAGGCGAGGCCAAGGCAACGUCCAAAUUGCUGAUGUCACGGAGUCGUUGAGCACUGAGAACUCUGGUUGGAAUUAUGAUAGGCCAUUGCGGUCUGAACAGACGCCUACAGCCACUUAGACUUGGUGAUAGCAUCGUAUGUCCACAAUGUGGAACGGCAGAGGAAACAUCGUAUCACCUUCUGGGAGUAUGUCACCACUGGUCGUCCAUGAGGAGGCGCCUGCUUAGGGCCUCCACACUCUCCUGCACGGAACUGUCUUCCCUAGAGUAGAGACGAAUCCUCGCCUUCGUCAGGGAGACGGGACGCCUGGGUGAUGAAGAGGAGGGGUAGUAAGGCGCGGUGGAUCGGGGAGAAUUGUGAAAAGGGUCUUUAAGGCCUGCCCGCCAACAUUCUCUCGUCCACUGCCGGAUAUAAGCCUCUCUUAAACAAAGCAUUUUAUUCGGUCUUGGGCAUCGUGGAUCCAGUUUGAAGAUAUAAUUGUCAAAUCGUCCGUCCAUCCAGUUGGCAGUGGUCCUCUGUCUGGACACUCUCAUAUAGGCCAGAUUAAAUAUCAAACGAAGAAUUACGUAGAAGAACAGAAGUUACGGAUACGACAGAAAGAUUCACGCAUUUAAAAUGUUGCUAAUGGUAAAGCGGGCUGACCACGUCGCUAGAGUAGACGAAUAUACAGACUACUUGAAUGACGCCCCAGAUAUAGAAAAUGUAUCUCCAAGUCAGAAAUUAAAUUUAAUUAAUCACA